AUGACGAGCAGCUCUUCGACAACAGCGACUAUAAACGCUAUAUCGCGUUGGCUCAAUUAUAUUUUGGCUAUUCCAAUGAUCGUUUUAGGUAUUCUUGGUGCAACACUAACGAUCUUCAUCUUUACACGAAAAAGUUCGUUUCAAAGGAAUCCAACGAUCAUCUAUCUUCUAGCCGGAGCGACUAUGACAGCAAUACAUUUACCGACUGUCUACAUUCAAAGCAUUCUCGUUGAUGGUUUCGGCCUAGGAAUCUUCAACACAAAUGAUCUUGCUUGUCGAGAACAUAAUUAUUUGCUUUACGUGACUACUGUCAUUGCUAUAUCAUUUCCGUGUUGGGCGGCGUUUGAUCAAUAUGCGAGUACAUCUCGUGAUGCGAGUUUCCGUCAUCGGUGGAGUUCGAUCCGAGUUGUUCGAUCGGCAAUAAUCGGUACAAAUCUCUUCUGGUCAAUUGUUUAUCUCCCAAUGCUCGUCUACAGUGGAGUCGAAAAUCGAACAUGUAUCUUGACGAAUGUCACCUAUCGAAAGUUCAACGAUUUUCUUUUAACACCUCUCAUUUACACAAUCGGUCCAUUAACAUUGAUAACACUUUUCACUCGAGGAAUUUUACUGAACCUCAAUAGAACAACUGUACAAUCAAAACGAGAUCAUUUGACGCGACAAAUCCGCCGUAUGCUUAUUCCGCAGUUGAUUUUCCUCGCAAUGUCAGGCAUACCAUUUGGUUUACAAAACAUUUAUUUUAAUCUGACAAGUAACGUGGUCAAAAGCAGUUUACAUCGAGCCGUUGAACAUUUGUGCAUCCAAAUCAUUCGUUUAUUUUACCAUUUUAAUUUUGUUUUCACAUUCUAUAUCUAUUUGUACAUGUCGAGUGAGGUGAGAAAACUUUUUCGACGAAUGACGACGAAAUUCUCCACCAUGGAUAGUUCAAUCCAAGAAGGAAUGGUAAUGGAAACGUGUAAAAUCGAGGAUUCUACUUACAUAUGA